CCUCCGGGCCGCGCGUGCCCGCGGACGCCGCCCUCGCGCGCAGGGAGAGGCGCCUCAGGGCCCGCUCGGACCGGCUCCUGCGGGCGUGGCGCCCGGGGCGGCGUCCUGCGGGGUUCCGGCACCUCCGCGGUGUCGCCACUGCUCUCUCAGCCGCCUCUCGGCUCCGCUUUCCCGUCAGGUCCGGGGCUGCCCGAGGCGCGACUGCCCGGGAACGCCACGCACACGCCGAUCGCUGCGGGGCUCCGCAGCCUCCCCGUGCGCUGAGUCACCUGUCAUGAGUGACUCCAUUUUGAGGCGUUGCGGGCCACGGAGCAGGACCGUGGGCCGCACUCCCGGACCGCGCGCUGCCCUCGCCGACUUCCGGCGCGUGGAAGCGGGGCGGCGCCGGCAGAAGUCCCCACCGCGGAGAACCCCCAGAUGGUCAUUUCGAACACAAGAAGGGUGGCCGGGGUUUUUGGUUUAAGAUCCCCUGGCGCUGAAAGGGCGCCGCUCGCGUAGGAGAGGCUGCCGAGGGGGGAGCCUGAGGCCGGAGGGACCGCGGCGCCCCCCGGACCCUCCCCGGCGUGGCCUCAGCCCGCCCCGGGACCGCCGGACCAGGCCGGGAGGCAGCGCGGGGACGCACACGGCGGCCCCGCCCGCGCGCUCCUCCUCCCUCCCCCGCCCGCCCCGCGCAGGAGGCGACAGUCCGUCUCCGCGCGGCGCGCUCUCAUCGCCUCCCCUCCCGCCCUCCGGUUCCACCGCCUCUGCGGCCACCUGGGACCCGGGCCCUCGCCGGGCCGGACGCCGCCAGCGCUGCAGGCGCAGCCCGGAGGCCGCGCGGACGCAGAUCUGUGGAUCCAACGUAGCAUCUGUAGCAGCUGGGACAUUAUUCCAGGUUUGGGCGCGGUAAUCGGAUCUGAAGAUGGCAGUCAGGGUGCUUUGGGGUGGCCUCAGCGUGCUCCGAGUGCUGUGGUGUCUCCUUCCGCAGACAGGCUAUGUGCACCCAGAUGAGUUCUUCCAGUCACCUGAGGUCAUGGCAGAGGACAUCCUGGGUGUUCAGGCCACCCGGCCCUGGGAGUUUUACCCCAGCAGCUCCUGCCGCACGGUGGUCUUCCCCCUGCUGAUCUCUGGCUCUACCUUCUGGCUGCUCAGGUUCUGGGAAGAGCUAGGCCUGUGGCCUGGCCUGGUGAGUGGCUAUGUGCUGCUAGUGGGGCCCCGACUCCUCCUCACUGCCCUCUCCUUUGCCCUGGAUGGGGCGGUGUACCACCUGGCCCCACUGUGGGGGGCAGAUCGCUGGAACGCCCUGGUCCUGCUGUCUGGUUCCUACGUCACCCUGGUCUUCUACACAAGGACCUUCUCCAACACCAUCGAGGGACUGCUCUUGGCGUGCCUGCUGGUGCUGGUAUCCUCCCAUGUUAUGUGGGGCCCCACACCCAAGGAGCCUGCGCCGGGUCCGUGGUGGCACAGCUGGCUUCUUGGAGCCAUCAUGGCUGCUGGCUUCUUCAACCGGCCCACCUUUCUGGCCUUUGCUGUGGUCCCACUCUACCUCUGGGGCACUCGUGGAGCUACAAACCCUGGCUUGAAGUCCCUGACCCGAGAGGCUCUGGUGCUGCUGCCAGGGGCGGUCCUCACAGCAGUGGUGUUCGUGGCCGUGGACAGCUGGUAUUUCUCCAGCCCCACUACAUCCAGUACCCUUGUCCUUACACCUGUCAACUUCUUACACUACAACCUGAAUCCCCAAAACCUGGCAAGGCAUGGCACGCAUGUGCGGCUCACUCACCUGGCAGUCAACGGCUUCCUGCUCUUCGGGAUGCUGCAUGCCCAGGCCCUGCAAGCCGCGUGGCAGCAGCUGCAAGUCUGCCUUCCGGCCUGUGCACAGAGGAGCCCUCUGAGGGCGCAGCGUGCCCGGAGUCUGCUGUCCAGCCCCAGGUCGUAUCUCCUUCUCCUCUACUUCACACCCCUGGCCCUGCUGUCUGCCUUUAGCCACCAGGAGGCUCGGUUCCUGAUUCCCCUCCUGGUCCCCCUAGUCCUGCUUUGUAGUCCACAGACCCAACCUGUGCCUUGGAAGAGUACCGUGGUCUUCUUCAAUGCCCUCGGUGCCUUCUUCUUUGGCUGCCUACAUCAGGGGGGCCUGGUGCCCAGCCUGGAGUACCUGGAGCAGGUGGUCCACACCCCUGCGCUCCCAAGCGUGCCUACCCACUACACACUCCUCUUCACCCACACCUACAUGCCUCCUCGGCACCUUCUACACCUCCCAGGCCUAGGGGCACCAGUGGAGGUGGUGGACAUGGGUGGGACUGAGGACCGUGUCCUGUGCCAAGCCCUGAAAAGCUUUACCAGACAACCAGCCUGCCAAGUGGCCGGCGGGCCGUGGCUCUGCCGCCUCUUUGUGGUGACCCCUGGCACCACCAGGCGUGCCGUGGAGAAGUGCAGCUUUCCCCUCAAGAAUGAGACUCUUUUAUUUCCCCAUCUGACGCUGGAGGAUCCACCAGCCCUGUCCUCCUUGCUGAGUGGGGCUUGGAGGGACCACCUCAGUCUUCACAUCAUGGAGCUGGGGGAAGAAACCUGACAACAUGGCAGAGCAGCCGCUGCCCAAGGUUCAGCCAGAGAAGAUGCCACUCCACCUUCUACUUGGGUAGCUGGGCUGGGACACUGGGACAGAGCCCUGGUUCUCCUUCACAACUCCCACUGCUGCCUUUCCUGGGCGUGGCCAUUGGCUGUUCUGCCUUCUUGGUGAGCUGGCACUCUUCUCCCUGAGACCAAAGAUCUGACCUGUCAGUCUUGAUGUCAAGGUCCCCAAAGAACCUUGUAUAAGCAAUGGCACCUGUUUCUGCCCUACUGCUUCCAGCCACUGUGAUGUCUGAAAUAGAUAGAUAGCACCUGGUUGCGAAAAAAAACAAUGAACUGCUAGUGACAUGCCUGAAUUACUGCUCCCACACUUUCCAUGAUGCCUUACCUCUUGCUGUCAUGACAACCCUCUGGCUUCCUAAGACUGAUCUGGCUAUCCAAAUAUGUGGAAGUCAGUGUGAUGAAGUAUAGAGAACGGACGGUCCAGAUCCAGGGGACCCAAGCGCUAGUCCCUUGGUCUGUUACUGUGAGUGGAAGGGAAAGCCCCUUCCACUCACCUGCCCCACUUCCCAAUGUGUUGACAUCAGAGGAUCUUUGAGGUGUCUGCCAGCUAACAUCGUGUCAUUCCUGGAGUCCACAGGCAUAUCUCUCACAAAGCUCUUAAAGCACGGAAGUGGGGGUUGUGUUGUACUUCAUGGCACCCUGAUGCCUGCUGUCUCAGUGUUUGGUUAUUAUGCAAACAAGCGAUGUUUGAAAUAUAUAAUAGCACCUAGAGAUUUUCUCCCU